CAUGUUUUCAUUCAACAUAUUUGAUCACCCUAUUCCCCAGGUCUUCCAGAACCGCUUCUCUACGCAGUACUGCUGCUUCUCCGUGUCUAUGCUAGCAGGGCCUAAUGACAGGUCAGAUGUGGAGAAAGGAGGGAAGAUAAUUAUGCCGCCCUCAGCCCUCGAUCAGCUCAGCCGGCUCAACAUUAUCUAUCCCAUGCUGUUUAAAUUGACUAACAAGAAUUCAGACCGAAUGACACACUGUGGUGUACUGGAGUUCGUUGCUGAUGAAGGCAUCUGUUACCUCCCCCACUGGAUGAUGCAGAAUUUGCUGUUGGAAGAAGGGGGCCUGGUUCAGGUGGAGAGUGUCAACCUUCAGGUGGCUACCUACUCUAAGUUCCAGCCUCAGAGCCCGGACUUCCUGGAUAUUACCAACUCUAAAGCAGUAUUAGAAAAUGCAUUGAGAAACUUUGCCUGCCUGACCACUGGGGAUGUGAUCGCUAUCAACUACAAUGAGAAGAUCUAUGAGAUGCGGGUCAUGGAGACCAAACCUGACAAGGCAGUAUCCAUUAUUGAAUGUGACAUGAACGUGGAUUUUGAUGCUCCCUUGGGCUACAAAGAACCAGAAAGACCAGUGCAGCAUGAGGAGUCAAUAGAGGGAGAAGCUGACCACAGUGGCUAUGGUGGAGAGGUGGGCUUUCGUGCCUUCUCUGGUUCUGGGAAUAGACUGGAUGGAAAGAAGAAAGGGGUUGAUCCCAGUCCCUCCCCCAUCAAGCCUGGAGAUAUUAAAAGAGGGAUUCCUAAUUACGAAUUUAAGCUUGGUAAGAUUACUUUCAUCAGAAAUUCACGUCUAUUGUUCAAAAAGGUUGAAGAGGAUGAAGCUGGGGGCAGAUUCGUUGCUUUCUCUGGAGAAGGACAGUCACUGCGGAAGAAGGGAAGAAAGCCCUAAGUCCA